AUGAUUGGACAUCACAGCACCUGUGAUGAGUUAGAUGAUGAAGAAAGUUUUUAUCUAUAUGAUUUUUGCGUACUACAAAAACAAUCUGAUGGAGAACAUCAAAAUAUCAAUGAUAACACUUUACGAUGUAGUAUACCUACAGAUCUAUAUUCAUUAUCACAUACUAAUUCAUUAAGAAAUUUAAAACGUAUAUCAGUUAUUGGCCGAAAUGAACAUGAACCUUCAUCAUCAUCAAAUCCAACGUUAACAACAUUUGAUGAAGUACGAAGUGAUGAUAUAUGUCGUUAUCGUAGUCUUUAUUCAAAUUGA